GGAGACAAAGCGGUGGCUGAGGUAGCGGUGGCGCGGGCAGCACCGGCCGCAAAGCCGUACUGAACGCUGAAUCUCGUGACGCCCAGCCUGUCAUCGUCUGUUGAGGCGCGGCGUGUCGUGUCGUGUCGCGGCGCGGGCGGGCGGCGGCGGCGGCGGCGGCAGCGGCAGCGGAGGCAGCACAUGGUUCCAAGAGCGCGCUGCGGUGGUUGAGUUCCAAUUCCACGGGGAGGGACAAAGGCAUCUGCGAGCUGCAGGCAACGCCCGAUCGGAUCUGGUGGUGCACUCGCCACUUUCCUCUGUUCUCCCAGGCUCUGGGACUAACUCCUGUCUGUCGGUAGCGAGGAGGUGGCCACAGGACCCAGGCCUGGGAAGGCCCGAGGGCCCGAGGCCAUCUUCUGAAGGGUGUGGGGGAAGGGCGCACCUGAGGUGAUUCGGGAGGGUAGGUUGUGAGGUGUUUCUGUGGGCCACUGUGAGUAAUUUCACCCACAACCUGUGGUGAUUGUGGCAUAAUAGCAAGCUGUGUUUGGGCGGGGUUUGGGAAAAGAAAUCUGUCAGUCAGCACCAAGGACCUUUCUGUUGGAAAGCGGUGAAGCCAGAAGUAGCCUCCACUCCACUGCACUGUCCAGUAGAGCACUCUUUUGAGGAGCCUGGUGUCUUCGGUGGUGACAAAGUCUUCGGUGGUAAUGAAGUAGGUGAACCGUCAGAAGUAGGUCAAUUUCCUGAAUUUAGGAGAACAGAAAAGGACUUGAACGUGAAGUUGAAGCUGUAAACCUCCAAGUUUGAAGACCAUUCAGAACCGUUCACUUUUGAUGUGCGUCGGAAUUGUGUGAAGAAAGCUUGACCCCCCGGAGCACUUAAGGACAGUAGGUUUCGAAUAUAGUUCUUUCCAAAGUAUUACAUCAGAGUCAUUGAAAUACUUAAAUCACUCGCAGUUUUAAAUAUCUGCCUGUAUUUUGAAUAGAUACUAGGGAAAUUUUUUUUUUAUGUGUCACUAAGAAGCACAAAUUUACCCUUUACUGAUCAGAAUCCUGGGGAAAUCGAUUUCACUAUAUGUACUUUCCUGUUAACCGGCAAAGACUGAAGACUCAUUGCUGUCAUGGCCUUCACCAAUUACAGCAGUCUCAACCGAGCUCAACUAACCUUUGAAUAUCUCCACACAAAUUCGUAAGUAUCUUGUUAGGUGCCACUGAGGUAACCAGUAACUCCUCCUUGAUGUUAAUAUGGAAAUCCUUUCUCCAGAAAAUUUUGCUUUUUUAUUCUUUGGCUUGUGUCAUUGGAGUAAGAUGUAUCACUGGAUGUCUUGAGCUCUGUAUUGAAGAACUGAGAUCAGUGAAUUAUUUGUUGGUAAUCUAGAAGAAAAUGAUUUCACUUACUGGAUCAAAAAUUUCAAAAUACAAACUUUAUAUCAUAUUGAGUUGUUUCAUCCAAGUGUUUAAUAGGAAUCCAGCAAAACUGCUCUUUGGAUCAUCAAAAUUUGGACCAUCUAGUAUCAACUGUUGCACAUCUUUAGUAACAUCCUAGACAAUUGGGUUUAUAACAAGUGUUUCUAACAACAGCAACAACCACAAGAUGAUGAUGACAAAAAUGACCAACUUGGAAGAAGAAAGCAUUUGUUAAUUUUCAGCAAACAAUUGGUUUUGUCAUUUUGGCAAAUUGGCUGUAAAUCCAAUGUAGUUUAUAUAUGCUAAGGAAGAGUGGAAGUUUCUUUAAAGGCCUUGAUUUAGGUAGUCUUUUUCCAAAGUAUGUGAAAUCACAGAAGGAUGCUGUGUUCAUGGUCUUGAAACCACUCAUGAAUUCUUAUUUGGUGCUCUUGCUGAACUGGUUGAUAAUGCAAGAGAUGCUGAUGCUACCAGAAUAGACAUUUAUGCUGAGAGGCGGGAGGACCUUCGAGGAGGAUUUAUGCUUUGCUUUUUGGAUGAUGGAGCAGGAAUGGAUCCAAGUGAUGCUGCUAGUGUGAUCCAGUUUGGGAAGUCAGCCAAAAGAACUCCUGAGUCCACUCAAAUUGGGCAGUAUGGCAAUGGAUUAAAAUCGGGCUCAAUGCGGAUUGGGAAGGAUUUUAUCCUUUUCACUAAGAAGGAAGAUACCAUGACCUGCCUCUUCUUGUCUCGCACCUUUCAUGAGGAAGAAGGCAUUGAUGAAGUAAUUGUCCCAUUGCCCACCUGGAAUGCUCGAACACGGGAACCUAUCACAGACAAUGUGGAGAAGUUUGCCAUUGAGACAGAGCUUGUCUACAAAUACUCUCCCUUCCACACUGAGGAGCAAGUGAUGAACCAGUUCAUGAAGAUUCCUGGGAAUAGUGGAACACUGGUGAUCAUCUUUAAUCUCAAGCUCAUGGAUAAUGGAGAGCCGGAACUAGACAUAAUCUCAAAUCCAAAAGAUAUCCAGAUGGCAGAAACCUCGCCAGAGGGCACGAAGCCAGAGCGACGCUCCUUCCGAGCCUAUGCUGCUGUACUCUAUAUUGAUCCCCGGAUGAGGAUCUUCAUCCAUGGACACAAGGUGCAGACCAAGAGACUCUCCUGCUGCCUAUAUAAGCCCAGGAUGUACAAGUAUACAUCAAGUCGUUUCAAGACUCGGGCAGAACAGGAAGUGAAGAAAGCAGAGCAUGUAGCACGGAUUGCUGAAGAGAAGGCCCGGGAGGCAGAGAGCAAAGCUCGUACUUUAGAAGUACGCAUGGGUGGAGACCUGACACGGGACUCCAGGGUGAUGUUGCGGCAGGUCCAGAAUACAGCCAUCACCCUUCGUAGAGAAGCUGAUGUCAAGAAAAGGAUCAAGGAUGCCAAGCAGCGAGCUCUCAAAGAACCCAAGGAACUUAAUUUUGUUUUUGGGGUCAAUAUUGAACACCGGGACUUAGAUGGCAUGUUUAUCUACAACUGUAGCCGCCUGAUCAAGAUGUAUGAGAAAGUGGGCCCACAGCUGGAAGGGGGCAUGGCAUGUGGUGGGGUUGUUGGGGUUGUUGAUGUACCCUACUUGGUUCUGGAGCCUACACAUAACAAGCAGGACUUUGCUGAUGCUAAGGAGUACCGGCAUCUACUUCGAGCAAUGGGGGAGCACUUGGCACAGUACUGGAAGGACAUAGCCAUUGCCCAGCGUGGAAUCAUCAAGUUUUGGGAUGAGUUUGGCUAUCUUUCUGCCAACUGGAACCAACCUCCAUCUAGUGAGCUGCGUUUCAAACGCCGGAGAGCUAUGGAAAUUCCAACCACUAUCCAGUGUGAUCUGUGUCUGAAAUGGAGGACUCUCCCCUUCCAGCUGAGUUCAGUAGAAACAGAUUACCCUGAUACUUGGGUUUGCUCCAUGAACCCUGAUCCUGAGCAGGACCGCUGUGAAGCUUCUGAACAGAAGCAAAAGGUUCCUUUGGGGACAUUAAAAAAGGACCCAAAGACACAGGAAGAAAAGCAGAAGCAGCUGACAGAGAAAAUUCGCCAGCAGCAGGAAAAGCUAGAAGCUCUUCAGAAAACCACGCCCAUCCGCUCACAAGCUGACCUGAAGAAAUUGCCCUUAGAAGUGACUACAAGACCUAUUGAAGAACCUGUACGGAGACCUCAGCGUCCUCGGUCACCUCCUUUACCUGCGGUGAUCAAGAAUGCUCCUAGCAGACCCCCUUCUAUUCAGACUCCCAGACCAAGUACCCAGCUCCGAAAGACGUCUGUUAUCAGCCUUCCAAAACCACCCACUACAGCAGCCCGAGGAGAAACUAGUACUUCUAGGCUACUCCAGCCAACUGAGGCACCUCGAAAGCCUGCAAACCCUCCCAUCAAGACUGUACCCCGACCCACCCCUCCUGUGCACACACCCCCACUAUCUUUAAUCCCCAGUUCCAAGAGCCUUCGGGAGGUCCCUGCUCAAAAAGCCAUCAAAACUCCAGUGGUCAAGAAGCCAGAGCCACCUGUCAAACAGUCCGUGGCAACCUCAGGUCGGAAGCGGAGUCUUGCAGUCUCAGAUGAGGAAGAGGCUGAAGAAGAAGCUGAGAAGAGGAGAGAGAGAUGCAAGCGGGGCAAACUUGCUGUGAAGGAGGAAAAGAAGGAAGCAAAUGAGGUGCUCUCAGACAGUGCUGGGGAAGAUCACCCAGCUGAACUCAGGAAGGCUCAGAAAGAUAAAGGACUUCAUGUAGAGGUCCGUGUGAACCGUGAGUGGUACACAGGCCGAGUCACAGCUGUGGAGGUGGGCAAGAAUGCGGUUCGAUGGAAAGUGAAGUUUGACUAUGUGCCCACAGAUACAACACCAAGAGACCGCUGGGUGGAGAAAGGCAGUGAAGAUGUACGAUUGAUGAAGCCACCUUCCCCAGAGCAUCAGAGCCCUGACACACAGCAAGAAGGUGGAGAGGAGGAGGAGGCUAUGGUGGCCCGGCAGGCUGUGGCCUUGCCUGAGCCUUCCACCUCUGAUGGUCUUCCCAUUGAGCCUGAUACCACUGCCACCAGUCCCAGCCAUGAGACUAUUGAUCUCCUGGUCCAGAUUCUUCGAAAUUGCUUGCGGUAUUUCUUACCUCCAAGUUUCCCCAUCUCCAAGAAGGAGCUGAGUGUUAUGAAUUCAGAAGAACUAAUAUCUUUUCCUCUGAAAGAAUACUUCAAGCAAUAUGAGGUGGGGCUCCAGAAUCUGUGCCAUUCCUACCAAAGCCGUGCUGAUUCACGGGCAAAAGCCUCAGAGGAGAGCUUACGCACAUCAGAGAAAAAGCUUCGUGAGACAGAGGAGAAGUUACAGAAGUUGAGGACCAACAUUGUAGCACUCCUGCAAAAAGUGCAGGAGGACAUAGACAUCAACACAGAUGAUGAGCUGGAUGCUUACAUUGAGGACCUCAUCACCAAAGGGGACUGAGGAGCCGGGAGGCUAACUCCUGCUCAUACCUGCCCUCAACACAGCAGCUUCGGGGAGGGGAGUUCAUUUGUGACUUGGUGGACUUGAUCUUGGUUUGAGUCAUGUGAGACAUUUGUGCUUUGGGAAGGAGAUUCUUUGAAUCUUCUUCCCUAAGUUUACAUAAAUAUUUAUUUUUUAAAAGAGAAGAUGUUAAUGCCUGCUGUGAGACCGUACUUUUUUUUGUGUGACUCUUGAAAGGGCACAGAGUCUGAACCAUUCAGCUCCUGGCACCUCAACAUAGGAUGAAGAAAGCACCAUCCUGAAGUUGGAGAGGCUCUAAGGACAUCAACAAUGGGAUAUGAAAGAUACAUGGCCCCAGGGACUCAGCUCUGCAAGACCCUCAAGGGGUGAUCAAAACAGGCCCAGUAUCAGAAAGACACUCCCUGUAACAGAUCUCCUGGUGUCCAGACAGGGCUGUGAAGGUCUGUAGGCUGCCUGAGCAGCUGUCAGUCAUCUUGGAUGUGACAGUAUCCAGACAGCUUGGAGAUGUUUCUUAAGGCUCAAAUUUCCCAAUAUGCCACCUACUUUGUUACUGGAGGAGCCAUUUCCUGAGUCAACCACACUAUCCAAGCUCAAGCAUAGACAGCUCUGACCGGUCAGAUCCCUGGGCUGGAUAGCACUCUGAAUGUUGAACUCCAAAGAUUCUCAGGGUGUGCAGGUGUGAAAGCUCUCUGGAGGAGAAGGCUUCCACAGUGGUGCUAGUUCCUGGAGAGCCUUUGCUGCUGCUUUUCUACUAUGUACUCUCUGGGCUCCAGAGAGCCCUGCACCUCCCAUGCUCUGGAGGUGAGGAGGACAGACCAUGUGCUUCAGACAACCACUCAGAGCCAGAAAGGCACGAGCUUCAUCUGAUGGCUGUCGGAAGAAUUCUGGUUCCAGUCCCAACUCUUCACACUCCUGUUCAAGACUGAUUUUGUACUCUUGAUCCAAACCACCUUGGGAUUUGUAUCCAUCAAGGCAAGGCUGCCACCUUGUGUCCUGGGGUCUCUGCAGAAGAUGGGGAAGUGUUGGUGAGGGAACUGUGCACAUAUGGCUGGAAGUGCCUGCUUGAGUUCUGCCAUCAGGUUGUUUAGGGGGGAUAGCAUUCAGAAGUUCUUCUCUGGAACAUUCUCCAAUAGAUGGGUUUUAAGUUGGUGCACUUACCCCCACGGCUGCCCCCAUCCAACUUUCUGUUGACCCUAUCCAGGCAGAGUAUGAUCCAUUUUUUUCCAUAAACCCACUGUUUAAAAGGAAUUUGGCCCUGCAUUUUUAUUGGCAGGUAAUACUCAUUUUGAUUUUUUUUUUUUUUUACUUACACAUGUAAUCAAAAUGUGUUACUAUAAAUUUCUACUGGUGAGA